AUGGAUAGUAUAAAUAAAUAUGAUAACAAAUGUGCAAUACAUAAAGGGCAUGAUAUUAAAUUGAUUUGUACAAAAUGUAAGGUAGUAGUAUGUGUUGAAUGUAUUGUUUUAGAUCAUAAUGGUCAUAAACUUGAUCGUAUAGAUGUAGAGAAUUCAAAAGAAAUCUUUGAAGAAUUUAAAAAUAAUCACAUUCAAAAUUUAGAUAAACAAAUUGGUAUCAAUAAUGAGCUAUUAAAUAAAUCAAAUAAUUUAUUUAAAUCAUUAGAAGAUAAACACACUGAAAAUGUAAAUACAAUCACAGAAGAAUUUAAAGAACUCUCCAAAUUAUUACCAAUCAUUGAAAUUGAUAAAAUCAAACAAUUAGUAACACUCUAUGAUGAAAAUAAAGAUAUCAAUACAAACAUUUCAACCAUUGUACAUGAUAAUUUAAAUACUAUUAAUUUAAUUACAAAUAAAUAUAAAAAUACAAUAAAUCAUAUAAAUAUUGAUCAAAUCAUUAAUAAUAAUAAAAAUAAUAUUAAUAAUAAUAAUAAUUAUAAUAAUAAUAACUAUCAACAUAUUGAAAUAUUAAAACAUUGUCAUCAAUCACGACUACUAAUAAAAGAUAAUCAAAAUGAAAAUAAAAUUAAUGAACUAAUGAAUCAAUAUAAAAAUGUAAAUAUUGUAAAUAAUAGUGAACAAGUUAAAGAAUCAAUUAAAGAAAUAUUCGAAAUUAGCGAUUUUCCCUCUAUUACAAAUGUAAAGGAUCCAAAAAGAGUUACUGUUGUAGGAAUUGAGUAUUUUAUUUAUAAAGAUGAUUCUAUCGUUCCAAAUGGUAGUGGAUUUGUAGCUAUUGCACCAAGUGUUAAAACAAUUAAAGUAGGUUCAAUUCCAAAAUCGGUUGAAUAUUUGCUAUUACUUGAUGGAUUCAAUGUUGAACUAACAGAAGGUAUGCUACCACAAUCAAUUAAAUCUCUAUUGGUAGGUGCAAUUAAAAAACCAUUAUUAAAAGGUUCAAUACCAAAUGGUGUUUUAAAUUUGUUUUUAUUAGAUGGAUUUAAUCAAGAAAUAAGUGAAUUGCCACAAUCAGUUAACAGUUUCUACCUUUUGAAUACUCCUUUCAAAAAUAUCCCACUUUCCAAAUACAUUUACAGAAGCCCAAAAUAUAAACAACAACUCUCUCACUCAAAUGUGAAUAAUUGGGAUCUUAGUAAUUGGGAGAUUAAAAUUGAACUUUAA